AAACUAGACUCUGUCUCUGUCAUUGUAAGCAGUAAAAUGGCUGAAGGUGAAGGUUUACUGGAUCAGGACCAGUUCAGCUGUGCGAUUUGUCUGGAUCUACUGAAGGAUCCGGUGGCUAUUCCCUGUGGACACAGUUACUGUAUGGGCUGUAUUAAAGGCUGCUGGGAUCAGGAUGAUCCUACUGGUGUCUACAGCUGUCCCCAGUGCAGAGAGACUUUCACCACAAGGCCUGUUUUGAGAAAAAACACCAUGCUGUCUGAAGUGGUGGAGAAACUGAAGAAGACAGGACUCCAAACUGUUCCUCCUGCUCACUGUUACGCUGGACCUGGAGACGUGGCGUGUGAUGUCUGCACUGGGAGAAAGCGCAAAGCUGUCAAGUCCUGUCUGGUGUGUCUGGCCUCUUACUGCGAAACUCACCUCCAGCCUCAUUAUGAAUCUCCUGCCUUUAAGAAGCACAAACUGGUCAAAGCCACUGGAAACCUACAGGAGAAGAUCUGCUCUCAUCAUGACAAACUGCUGGAGGUUUACUGUCAUACCGAUCAGCAGUGUAUCUGUUAUCAGUGUGUGAUGGAUGAACACAAAGGCCAUGAUACAGUCUCAGCUGCAGCAGAAAGGACUGAGAAACAGAAGCAGCUGGGGGCGACACAGAUUAAAUUCCAGCAGAGAAUCCAGGAGAGAGAGAAGGAGCUGCAGGAUCUGAGACAGGCUGUGCAGUCAAUCAAGCGCUCUGCACAGGCAGCAGUGGAGGACAGCGAGAGGAUCUUUACUGAGCUGAUCCGCUCCAUUGAGAGAAGGUGCUCUGAGGUGAAAGAGCUGAUCAGAGAUCAGGAGAAGGCUGAAGUGAGUCGGGCUGAAGGACUCCUGGAGCGACUGGAGCAGGAGAUUGCUGAGCUGAGGAGGAGAGACGCUGAGCUGGAGCAGCUUUCACACACAGAGGAUCACAUCCAUUUUCUCCAGAGCUGUCAGUCUCUCUGUGCCCCUCCUGGACCUGGAGACUUUCCCAGCAUCGCUGUCAGUCCACACGGCUCUUUUGAGGCUGUGAGGAAGUCUGUCUCUGACCUGAAAGAACAACUGGAGGACGUCUGCAAGAAGGAACUAGUCAAAAUUUCAGAAUCAGUGAAAGAAGUCCAUACUGUAGAGCCCAGGACCAGAGAGGAUUUCUUACAGAUGGAAGACAUCCAUACUGUUGAGCCCAGAACCAGAGAGGACUUCUUACAACGUUCCUGUCGGCUCACUCUGGACCCCAACACAGCGUUUAAAUACCUCCGUCUGUCUGAGGGGAACAGAGAGGUGACCCAUGUGAGAGAGAGCCAGUCAUAUCCUGAUCAUCCAGAGAGAUUUGAGCACUGGGCCCAAGUGCUGUGCAGAGAGGGUCUGUCUGGACGCUGUUACUGGGAGGCUGAGUGGAGUGGGGAUGAGGUUUUUAUAGCAGCGUCAUAUAAAGGGAUCAGCAGGAAAGGGCGGGGUUAUGACUCUGUUCUGGGAUUUAAUAACAAGUCCUGGUGUCUGCGCCGCUCUUACGGCCGUUACUCUUUCCAGCACAAUGCUGUGAGCACUGAAAUCCCUGGUCCCCCCUCCUCCAGAGUAGGAGUGUACCUGGAUCACGGGGCAGGAACUCUGUCCUUCUACAGCGUCUCUGACACAAUGACCCUCCUGCACAGAGUCCAGACCACAUUCACUCAGCCCCUCUAUCCUGGGUUUUGGGUUGGUACUGGAAUCUCUGUAAAACUGUGCGAUCUGGGAUGAGGGAGCAAAAUCAGCAGUAAUGAUACAAAAUAGGGUAAUUCGAAGGAAUAACACAGACAAAUUAUGUUACACAUGUAAUAAUACAAUUCUCAUUAAUGAACUACAUUAAAUGUAAAAAUCUAAUAUUCAUUCAUGAAAUUUAUUCUUCAAUGUUCACAAUGUAUAAGAAGCAUUUUUAUGAGUUCCUGUCAGUUUCUGUAUCCUGUAUAAUUAUGCAAUUCUAUUUAUUUUACUUUCCUUUUUCUUCUUCUUGAGUGAUUUCAAGAAAUUUAACACAUUACUGCCCUCCGCUGGUUCAUUGAAACAAAAUCACAAAAGUAAAUAAUAGAUGGCUAAAUGAAUUAGUUGAUAAAUCAGUAGAAACUCAAUAAAUCCUAAACUUAUAUAUGAGAAAAUAGCCACUUUUGUUAUUUAUUUCCAGAGGUUAGAACAGCACUGGCUGAAGCUUUGCUUCAUUUCUGUGAUAUGCAGCUGUUCACAGUAGAUUGAUGAAUGUUUCUUACUCAAUGAAUAAAUAAAAAAUCAGAACCAGCAGUAAUCCAGUAAAUCUGGUUAAUUCAACCCAGUAACAUAGAAAAUUAUAUAACUACAAUGUAAUAUUCAAAUUCAAAUUCAUGUGAAAUAUUUAAUGUAAAAAUCAAAUAUUCUUUCAUGACCCUCGAUUUUCUUUGUUUUUCACGAUGUUAAAAAAACAUUCUUAGAUACGCAUGCUUUCAUGAACUGAAUUCAUAACAAUAAGACUUACACAAUUCCAUUUACAGUAUUUUAUACUUUUCUUAUUAAUUUCCAGAGAUUGGAAAAGCUCUGGCUGUAGUUUGACUUUGUUUCUGUGAUGAGCAGAUGUAGAAUAAUGAGUUUGGGCACCAAACCAAAAACACAAAUUGUACAAUUGCUUAGUUUUGUUCAGUUUUUAAAUAAAGUUGUUUCAGUUUG